ACUACCCCCCACGAUAUCUGACCAAUUAGAAUUAGCGAUUAGGGCUACCUAAUUUGCGUCGCGUCAAAUGCAAUCGCGAACUUAGCGAUAAACGAUAUUUGACCAACGCGCAAUUCUUCUCAACGUCGCCGUCCGCAGCUCAACAACCCGGCUACCACCGCAUCCGCGCUUCUCGUCAACGUAUAUCCACAUAAAAUCCGAAAAAAAAAGAUGUCUUUCCUCGCCCGUCGAGCCACAGCCGCCGCCCCGGGCCUCGCCCGCGCUUUCAGUGCGUCUGCCCGCCGUGAUAUUGCCAAAAUCACGCUGGUUGGUAACCUAGCUGGCCCCCCCGAGGUCAGAGCCACUAGCACCGGCAACGAACUUAUCGAGUAUUCCGUCGCUAGCAACCAUGGGUCUAAGGAGAACCGCCAGACGAGUUGGUUCAGAGUCGCUGCUUUUGUCGAGGAGGGACCCCGCCGAGACUUCUUGACUAACUUACCUAAAGGAUCUACCGUCUACGUUGAGGGCAACGCCACCAUGAAUCAGUACACCGAUGGCGAGGGCAAGACCCGACAGGCGUUGAGUAUUACCCAAAGGCAUCUCGAGGUUCUUAAGCGACCAACUCCGACUGAAGAAUAGGUAACUAGGUAGUCAGUGUGUAUAAAACUUGGGACAGCCAGAACGACGCCUAUCGGACCAAGAUGUGUAUCAUCUUGGAUUAAAGCUCUCCACUACGAGAAUUUUCUUAUGUCUACGGUUACCUAAUGACGGGACUACGCUUGGGGAUGUUACUGUAUGAUACUGUUCUACUGUUACGUCAGGACUUGAUGCCAAAUGUGUUAACGAUGUCCCUUCACCGUACAUUGUCUGGGACGACAAUAUACAAUACGCAUAUUAAGUCUAAUGGACAACUGUUUUUGGCUGCUUUUCAUGUCUUAUAGCUACCUCUAGGUAAUAUGAACAAAUGCUAUGAAACGGGACAAUAACCCCCUCCCAAUUCAACAUCUACGUCAAACC